AGCAGCAAUGGUGGUGACGCAACAGGUUAUACCGCCCGCGUCAAGGUGUCGUCGGGGCGAUAAGAUAAGAUACAGAGGUUAAGGAUUCAGGCCUGACGCUGAGAGCAGUCUUAAGAAGAACACACAGCCGCUACCACCACUGCCGCCGCUGCAAUGCUCACCAAAGAAUACCGUAUCACUCUGCCGCUCUCCGUUGAAGAGUACCACGUGGGGCAGCUCUAUGGCGUGGCGGAGAUGAGCAAACGGGAGACGGGGGGAGGCGAGGGCGUGGAAGUGGUGGCCAAUGAACCUUUUAGCGGCCAGCCUCUCUUCCACGGCGCCUACAGCAGCGGCCAGUACACCUACAAGAUAUACUACCUCAAGAAAAAGGUGCCACUUUUCAUCCGGAUGCUGGCGCCGGAGGAGGCACUGCAGAUCCACGAGAAGUCCUGGAACGCCUACCCUUACAGCAGGACGGUCUACUCGAAUCCCUUCAUGAAGAGCAACUUUCACCUGGUCAUCGAGAGUCUGCACACGAACGACGCGGGGACCACAGAAAACAUCCACAGGCUUCCCGCGGAGCAAUGGCGGUCGACGAGCGUGGUGCACGUUGACAUCGUGAAGGACCCCGUCAACCCGACAGACUACCAGCCUGACGAGGAUCCCAGCAAGGUGACCUCGCACAAGACCGGCCGCGGACCCUUCCAAGGCACACGCUGGUGGGAGAAGGUGCAGCCGGUAAUGACGUGCUACAAGUUGGUAACUGCAGACUUCCGCUGGUUCGGGCUGCAGGCGAGAGUGGAGCGGCACAUUCAUGACUUCGAGAGGCGAUUAUUCCUCAAAUUUCACAGGCAGGUGGUGUGUUGGCUGGACCAGUGGUACGGCCUCACCCUCGACGACAUUAGGAAGCUGGAAGAUGACACGCAGGAGGCUCUACAGAGGCAAAUCGAGUCCGGGGAGGUGCGGGGGACUGUGGUCACGUAGUAAAGGCGAGGUGAGGCAUGAAAGACGUGAUUCAGGAUAUGGUCCUAACAACGAGCUUGGAGUAUCGCAGAGCAAGGACGAAACGGGACGGGUCAGGCAGCAGUUUCUGGGUUGCGAGCGGGAAGCGUUAUUGUAAUCAUAGUAAAGUACAUAUAUAUUACGAAGAAAUGUGUAGGUGUUAUUAGUCCUUGGCAUGUAUAUUUUCUGUCAAAAAAAAAAAUAAAUAAAUAAAAAAAACUUUGGUUU